AUGCCCCGUCCAAAAGUACGCGCCGAAGAUCGUAGACGCGCCGUCAAGGCUUGUGUUCCUUGUCAAAACAGCAAGAAACGAUGUGACUCCCAAUCACCAUGCGCCAAUUGCCGAAGGAGAGACUGCAUCCCCUAUUGCAUCUAUGACCCAGAAGCUGCUCGUCCCCGUCGCCAGAGCAGCAAAGCACAGCGUCGAGCAGCAGAACGGACGAGAGACACGGCCUCCUCAAACGCCAGCGAUGAAUACUAUAAUCUAGAAUAUAUCGUCUGUCGUGACCUACCAUCAUCAGUCAAUAGCGACAGCACGAGCACUCAAGUUGAAGCGCCACAGACGCCUGAAUCUACCCAGGAACCACAGUCUCAUCCGACACCCGACACCACAUUCUCAUCAUCCAUGUCAAACGUUGGCAGUCGACACCAAACUCCAGAAAACGAAAAGUUCUCGAUGGGUGACUCCCCGUCUCUUUCUUUCCUCGACUUUCUGCGCCAUGCAUUCCAACACUACAUGGGCCCGUCUCCAUUUACCGAUAAAGAAAAAGCCAAGGCUAUGCUCCAGUCGGUAUAUUCUAAACCUUCUGACGACAUGAGUUCAGAAAGCGAUCUCACCCUCGAAGAGAAAAGAGACUAUAUCCAGAGAUUCUUGAUAGCGACGACCGGAAUAAUAUACAUCUACUCCCCAGAACAGAUGUUGACGAUGCUCGAAGAGACAGAGAAAACCAGGGAACAACGUUCCAACAAUCUGAGCGCGUCUCGUCAAAAGUGCGCCUUGAUAGAUUUGGCUAUCGCCAUCGGAGGACAGGGCUGUAGAACUACCCCAAAAAGUCUGUACCACGCGCAAAAGCAUUUCGAGCGCGGCCAGAAAUUGGCCUUCGGGGAGAUGCUACUAGACCCUACAGGUGAUCUUGUAGCAAUAUUCCUGAUGAUGACUAUGUACAUGAUGUGUGGGUGUCAGCGAAGGGGAGCUUUCAUAUAUCUUGGCGUGGCGACUCGUCUCGCACAUGCCCUCGAAUUGCAUAAAUCGAAGUCCUACAACAAUCUGGCACCGAAAACGCAUAGAUUCAGGCUUCAGGUGUGGAAAAGCCUGCGAAUAAUAGAGAUUUCAUUCGGGGCGGUGCUGGGCCAACCACCGGCCUUAAGCACAGGACAAGCAUCAGAAACAACGCCAUUUACAGUUCCAGAUGGUCCAGAACCAUGCACACCUGAAUUUACAUCCAUGUCGUCGACCUAUGGGGUUUGUGUCAUCCUCGAGCAGAUUACAAUCCACCUCGACAGCAAACACGAGACAGGCGUGGCCUUGAUAAGAGAUCUCCUAAGUCGACUUCGAGACUGGAGUUCAGCACUACCGUUCAGCAUGAGGACAUGCACUGUCAGCUCUCCAAUAUCUUUGGUACAAAGACGUCAGGUGUUGGGCAACUUUGCCGUCUCUGCGUUCUAUUAUUACACUGUCAUGCUAGCAACCAGACCACUGCUUAUCUCCCAUAUGCUUAUAAGACUGCGACGCCUGGGUCCAUUAAGUACUGCCUCGUCUACUUUACCAUGUCAUACAAACGAUCGCGAAAUGAGAGAACUAGCGCAAGUAUGCAUUGAUGCCGCGGUCUUACUCAUAGAAACGACUCGGAAAACGCAAUUGGUUGGCCUACUGAUACAGAAUAUGCAACUACUCAAAGCUUGGAUAUUCAGCGCCUGUCUAAUUCUGGGCCUUUCGCUCUUCGUAGACCUGUCAUUUUCAGAAGUAUCGGCAGCAUGCGAGACAGACGUAGCACUACACAGCGGGAUUGGUAUCAUUCGGGAUCUAGAUCGGACAAGUCCUCAGGCACAUCGGUAUCUAGAGGUUUUGACGGAGCUUCGCAGUGCAUUACAGAACUAUCGCGAGCGACUCGUUCCACCCCGGAGAAAGAGUAACGGACAAUUUUUGAGUCAGAUCUUUGUCGUAAAUCAAGAAAAGAGUCCACCAGCAGAUUCUCCUGGUGCGGAAAUGACGGCAUUCGCUUCGACAGCUACUGCACCACCUACCUUAGGAAAUGAGACUUCUGGUGGGCUGUGGAUGUUGCAACAAGCAGCACAGGCGGCGCACGCCCUGGGGAAUCCUUGGCGUGUACCAGAUGGAUGUCACGUAUUUACUGAUAACCCAUUAUCUGGACAUCCAGGCGGGAGUGAAUCUCUGCCCUCGACAUUGGGAGGGUCGGAUAUGAACUGGAAUGGGAUAUCGGUACAGGGAACGGACAACUUUUUGUUUGAGAUGGAGCCAUUUGCCGACAUGUUGAGCCAAUUUUAUGUUCCAUCUCCAUAA